CUGAUUUCGGCGGCCAUCAGAGGAGAUGCCGACACGGUUAGGGGGCUCCUCGCAACCAAUAAAGUUGAUCCUGACUCCAGAGACAAAAGAGCUGGCCGGACGGCGCUCAGUUGGGCAACUGAGAAUGGUCACACUGAAGUCGUGAAGCUGCUUCUCGAUACGAACAAGGUCAAUGUGAACUCAGUGAACGGUGACGGAAGCACGCCGUUACAUUAUGCUUCGUUGAGGCAACAUGAUGAUAUUGUCAACCUGCUUCUUGAUACGAAGGGCAUAGACGUUAACUUACAAGACGUCUACGGGUAUUCGCCGCUGCAUUUGUCCUCCAGAAGGGGAUAUGAGGCCAUCGUACAACUACUGCUG